AGUUAGAUAAAAAUAGGGUUAACAUUAUAUGUCAUCUGCAGUGACGUAAUAAUUAUAAUGUCUAUGGUAAUCUGUUUGUCGUGCGACUUGUCAACUUGUGUUUGAAAAAUAUAUUUGUUUUUCAAAAAAAAGUUGUAUAAAAAUGUUUCGAAUUUUCAAUAAGUUGCAAAAGACAACCUCGUUAUUUUCCAAUGCAAAAAAAUAUCUAGUGUCAUCAAAAUAUUGUCGAAAAUUGGGUACAGAUGAUAAAUUCAAAAUUACUGACGUUUUCGAAGGACGGCCUUUAUAUUUAGAUGCACAAGCCACUACACCAAUGGACCCUAGGGUUCUUGAUGCAAUGUUACCAUAUUUUACAAAUUAUUAUGGGAACCCACAUUCUAGGACACAUGCGUAUGGGUGGGAAACAGAGACGGCAGUUGAAAAAGCUAGGGAGCAUGUUGCGAAUUUAAUUGGUGCAGAUCCAAAAGAAAUUAUUUUCACAUCUGGAGCCACAGAAAGCAAUAAUAUAGCAGUGAAAGGAGUAGCAAGGUUUUAUGGAGUGAAAAAAAGACAUGUUAUCACCACACAAACUGAACAUAAAUGUGUGCUAGACUCUUGCAGAGCUCUGGAAAAUGAAGGAUUUGAAAUAACUUACCUUCCGGUGCAGUCCAAUGGAAUUAUAUCAUUGGAACAGUUGGAUCGAAGUAUUACCUCAAAUACUUCUCUGGUUUCUAUAAUGGCAGUCAAUAACGAAAUAGGUGUUAAACAGCCAAUUUCUGAAAUAGGAGCGCUUUGCAGAGAAAAAAAGGUGUUUUUCCAUACAGACGCAGCACAGGCAGUAGGAAAAGUUCCAUUGGAUGUCAACUCAAUGAAUAUUGACUUGAUGUCAAUUAGUGGUCAUAAACUAUAUGGACCAAAAGGUAUUGGUGCCAUUUACAUUCGUCGGCGCCCCAGAGUACGAGUGGAAGCAAUCCAAAGCGGAGGGGGUCAAGAAAGGGGCAUCAGAAGUGGAACCGUACCUGCCCCUCUUGUAGUCGGUUUUGGUGAAGCAUGCAGGAUCAGUAAAACUGAAAUGGAAUAUGAUCAUGCUUACAUUCAAAGACUCAGCAAAAAGUUAUUGGAUCAGAUUUGCGGUUCUUUAAGUCAUGUCAUUAGAAAUGGAGACGAGUCACAAACCUAUCCUGGUUGUAUAAAUUUGUCUUUUGCAUACGUUGAAGGUGAAUCUCUUCUUAUGGCACUAAAGGAUAUUGCGCUGUCCAGCGGAUCAGCCUGCACUUCUGCUUCCUUGGAGCCUUCUUAUGUUCUCCGGGCGAUUGGAACCGACGAAGACCUAGCUCACAGUUCCAUCAGAUUUGGUAUAGGUCGUUUCACAACGGAAGAAGAAAUCGAUUAUACAGCUAAGAAGUGUAUAUACCAUGUCAAUAGAUUGAGAGAGAUGAGUCCGCUUUGGGAGAUGGUGCAAGAAGGGAUUGAUCUUAAGAAUAUACAGUGGUCUCAACACUGAAUGAACAGUUGAAAAUUUAAAUGAGGUUUUUCGAAAUAUGUUAAGAAGUGAUACGAGAUAGGUGAUGAACUGUUUUGAUUUUAUUAGAAUGGAAAAUGUGAGAGGAGAUGUUUAGCUGCAAGUUAAAAAAAACCAAGGAAGAACUGCACCUGUGAUACUGAAAUUGCUAUUUGAUCUGCCUAUUUUUUAGUAUUUCUGUUGUAAAGUGCUAAUAUAAAAUGAACCAAUGUUGAUUUUUCCUAAAAGUUAUUUGCUUACAAAGUGUUAUAAUUGAUAUUUUAUACAUGUUUUAUUGUAAUUAUCAUAAAUUUUCAAUUCAUGAUUAAAUGAA